AUGACCUCGUUUCAUCGCCGCCUGUGCUUUCGCUCAGGAAUCAACGCUGACCGUCGCAAUCUGCUGCAGACUCACGAUAUCAACUCACCCAACGACAUGGUCAUGGACACGGACGAUUAUAUCGGCGUGGCCAACGAGCCAGAGAAGGUCGCCAUCAUAAAUCCCGAUAACCUCGAACAAAGCGAAGUCGACCAGCUGCAAGAUCUGCCCAUGGCCAACGACCAUGAAGCCAUGAGAGAGCUCUGUCUUCCACCCCUCAUCGAUGAACCGAAAAUACUUGGAGACUAUGAAUACACAUGGACUGUCGAAAACUGGCGAAGCUUGAAUAAGAAGGAACAUGGUCCUAUUUUCCACGCAGGUGGCUUCCCAUGGCGAAUUCUGCUUUUCCCACACGGCAACAAUAUCGACCAAUGCUCUAUUUAUCUUGAACAUGGCUUCGACGCUGAUAGCGUUCCCGAUAACUGGAGCUGCUGUGUUCAAUUUGCGCUCGUCCUAUGGAACCCGAACGACCCCAGCCUAUAUGUCCAUCACACUGCCCACCAUCGAUUCACGAAGGAAGAAGGUGAUUGGGGUUUCACUCGAUUUGUUGAGCACCGCCGAAUGUUUAAUGUACCAUGGGAGGGCAGCAGCCGUCCCCUCUGCGAAAAUGAUACUGCCAACAUCACCGCCUAUCUUCGCCUUGUCGAGGAUGAGACGGGUGUUUUGUGGCACAACUUCGCCAACUACGAUUCCAAGAAGGAGACAGGGUAUGUUGGACUCAAGAAUCAGGGUGCCACCUGCUAUCUGAAUUCCUUGAUGCAAUCACUCUAUUUCACAAACAAGUUCAGAAAGGCUAUCUACGAAAUUCCUACGGAGGCCGACCCCAGUAUGACCAACAGUGCUUAUACACUGCAACGACUUUUCUACCAGUUACAAACGUCAGACCAGGCAGUUGGAACCACGGAGCUCACGAAAUCUUUCGGCUGGGACACGCGACAUAUCUUCGAACAACAGGACGUGCAGGAGUUUUCACGUAAGCUCAUGGAGAGGAUGGAAGACAAGAUGAAGGGAACUGCAUCGGAGAACGUCCUGCCAGAAAUGUUCAGUGGCAAGAUCAAGACAUACAUCUCAUGUAUCAACGUCGACUAUGAGUCCAGCCGAAUCGAGGACUUUUGGGACAUUCAGCUGAAUGUCAGCGGUAACAAGCAUCUGCUCGAGAGUUUUGAGGACUACGUUCAGGUCGAAAAGAUGGAUGGAGAAAACCAAUACUUUGCUGGUGAUCAGUACAAGCUCCAGGAUGCGAACAAAGGUGUCAUUUUCAACAGCUUUCCUGACGUACUCCACCUACAGUUGAAGCGCUUUGAGUACGAUAUCCAGCGCGACACCAUGAUGAAGAUCAAUGAUCGAUAUGAGUUCCCCGAGUUUUUUGAUGCUGCGCCGUACCUAUCCGAGGAUGCCGACAAAUCUGUUCCAUGGACGUAUCAGCUUCACAGCGUUCUAGUUCACAGUGGUGAUCUGAACGCAGGUCAUUACUAUGCAUUUUUGAAGCCCGAAAAGGACGGAUGGUUCUACAAGUACGACGAUGAUAAGGUCACCAAGGCGACGAUGCGCGAAGUGUUGGAAGAGAAUUUUGGUGGAGAGUAUCAAACCUCCAACGGUUACCCGCGUGCGCCUGUGCAAAAGAAGGCUCCCAUUAUGCGUCAAAACAGCGCAUACAUGUUGGUGUAUAUCCGCCAAUCUCGUAUAGAUGAUAUCCUGUGUCCGGUUACCAAGGAUCAUAUUCCGCUUCAUCUCAGGCAAAAAUUUGAGGAAGAGACUGUUCAGCGGGAAGCCCGCAAGAAAGAACAGCGAGAGGCGCAUCUGUAUAUGUGGGCUAAGGUUAUCACUGAUUACUCGUUUCAACAAUUUGGCGGCACAGAUUUGUGUCAAUUUGAUGCAAAGCCUGAGGAUCCCGCUGCACCAAAGUUCUACCGCGUGCGUCGCGCGAUGACCAUGGAGGAGUUUGUUGCGCAAGUUGCAUCAGAUAUGGGCGAAGAUCCACGAAGGGUACGGCUUUGGCUUAUGGUCAAUCGACAGAAUAAGACUGUCCGCCCUGACCAACCCAUCAUGGAUCUGCGGCCUACAGUCGACGAGACUUUCUCCCGUUCCGCUGCCCACAGAGAUGCUAGUUUACGAGUGUGGGCUGAAGUUGCCGAGGAAGUCGAUGCUGACGGAGAGCCAAUCUGGCCAUCCUACCAGAGUCAGCCCAAUGGUGUUAUCGUUAAGAAUGACACCAUCUUACUUCUCCUUAAGCACUUCGAUAUCGACGCCCAGACACUACGGGGUGUCGGCCAUGUCUACAUUUCCAAGGACAAGAAAGUCGAAGAACUGCUACCAAUGAUCCUGAAGAAAAUGGGAUGGGGCGAGAAGCUACCUGCCGAGGAGAAGCUUCUGCUUUGGGAGGAGAUUAAGCCUACUAUGAUUGAACCUCUCAAGCCCAAGCAGUCGCUGAAGGUUGCCGAAUUGCAAGACGGAGACAUUAUCUGCUUCCAACGCACCAAGGCCGGUGUCGAGAAGCGCGUCGGUGAAAAGAUUUCGCAAGAAACAAGUAACACAUCUGAUCAUUUCGAGGAUGCGCGUGAAUACUACGAUUUCCUCGAGAACAGGCGAACCGUUAAGUUCCACCCGCAUCCCACUCGAUGUGACCAGGCGCAGUAUCCCCCAUUUGAUCUCGUGCUUAACACUAAGAUAACUUAUGAUACGCUUUCGGAGCGUGUUGGCGCGUAUUUGGAUGUGAACCCGACACAUAUUCGGUUUUGGACAGUGAAUGCCUCAACGCAAAACCCCAAGACGCCGGUUAGGCGGGGAGCAAACCCAACACUGCGACAGAUUCUCAGCCCUAUGGGUUCAACUGCUCUUAAUUCUACUCAGAGAGACGAUGCCUUUUAUUUUGAAGUUCUUGAAAUGAGUUUAACAGAACUCGACACCAAGAAGAGCAUCAAGGUCAAUCUGCUGAGUGAAGGCAUCACCAAAGAGGAUACAUACGACCUACUCGUCCCUAAAACAGGAACUAUUGACGAUUUAGUCGAGGUUUUGAUAAGAAAGGCGCAAAUACCAAGUGAAGCGGAGGGUGGAAGAAUCCGCAUCUACGAAACUAGCUCCAACCGCUUCUACCGCGAGCCUCUACGCGAACACCCCGUUAUUAACCUGAAUGAGUUUGCGAAGAUCUAUGCGGAACGAAUUCCUCAAGAGGAGCUCAACGCCGACGAUACUCAUUUUAUUCAUGUCUUCCACUUCCACAACGACGUUAGCCGCGUUCAUGGCGUGCCGUUCAAGUUUCUAGUCAUCGAGGGCGAGACCUUUGCAGACACCAAGAAGCGAUUGGAGAAGCGAACCGGAAUCAAAGGCAAGAGCUUUGAGAAGAUCAAGAUCGCUGUUGUGCGACGAGCCAAUUACUCAAAACCCCAAUAUCUCAAUGACGCAUGCCUCAAGAUGAUGUGCUAUCAAGUUUCAUACAAGGGGAAGACGAUUACCUCGGCCUUGACCACGUAG